AUGACCCAGCCCAAGCAGAUCUCACCAGUCUUCUUUGGGCCGGGGGUGGCUGACUGUUGCCACUGCGGUUCUGGGUUGAGGCGCAUCCUGCCCAACUCCAAUAUGUCAUCCAGCUGGUCACCCCCACCACGGGACCCAAUUCCUAGCACUCACUGCAGAUUAAUGCAGCUCACUGCAUUGGACAGCAAAUCCAAAGAAGGAGAAUCCGAGACUCUCCGCCUGUGUCAGCUUCAGGUGGUCCAGCAUCUGAGCAAGCCUGGUGAGGAGUGGCUCAUAGACCACCUCUGCCCCAGUAGCAAGCUUGUCCUCCUGGCUGAAAAGAUGGGAGAUCUGCUGGAGAAGCUGAGGGUGACCCCUCAGGGCUGGUGUGUUACUGAGCAUAAGGAAACGGGCGGCCGCGAGGGGGCGCGCGGGCACAGCCGCAGCGGCCUGGGUGGGGGAGGGCGGAGCUGUGGGCCCCGAGGGAAGUGGGAAGCUGCGCAGCUGAGCUGCGGUUUCCGCGGGUGCUGCCGCCCGCGAGGCCCCUGCGCGGCUCCUCCGUCAGGUUCGGAGCUGAAGCACUUCCCUGGGAUCAUCCACAUUCCUGGCUUUUCCAAACUACUGGGGUCUCCACUGCACCUUCGGCUUCACACUUACGUCUUCACAAAUUGUCCUCUCAGAAGCACACUGCUUGGCCAGCCAGGCCCUUUGCAAUCGAGGUGGAAGCCGUCUUACCCUCAGAAUUUGUGCGUUUUCCUUGCACCUAAAAUCAGCACCUUGUGGAUGCCACCAAGGUUUGCUGCUAGCUGGAGCAGGAGCCAGGCUUUUCUCCUUGGCUGUAGGGGUCAGUUGCCUGGAUUGCAGGGCCCUGAUUGUGAGAAAAAGCUUCUCUAUGUUGCCGCCAUUUUGGAACCUCAUGUGGCCACUGUCACCAUUCUGGAACAUGGUGCUCUGCAGCUUUCUCCUCUGAGCAAAUUCUUUUACCUUUACUAUGAGGCUGCACAAGGUGGGGACCGGCUUCCUGGGAUGCCCCGGGGCCAUCUUUCUUAUCUCUUUGUUUCCCAUCAACAAUCAAAGUCUCAACUCUGUCUUUACAAUCCACAGCCUUCCUGGAAUUUUCCUUCUGGCCAAACUAACAGCAUUGUAAAUUUUCCUGCUGGACUCUUUGCUCCUGAUUCGAAACAUAUAGCUGGCUGAAAGCCCCCAACAAUAGCCAUGCCACAGCCUCAAGUUUGAUUGCUUUUUAAUUUCUUUUUCAAGAUUAAUCAGUCCAUUGCCCUUUGUCUCAGUCUCAGGCAAAGUCUCUGGGCAGGAACAAAAUGUAGACAAACUUUCUGCCAAGCCAUAACACACAUCACGUGGAGUCCAACAACCGAUGCAGUCCUUCCCAGCAGAAACCUCCCAAGCCUGCUCUUUACCAUGAGGCUUUCUAUCAGCUUUCUGGUCUCCUGAGCUCUGACCAGAAUCUCCUCUACAGAAUAGCCUAAGCUGCUCCAGCUCUAUGCAUCCAGGCGACAUGUCCAAACAUUUCCAAAUUCUGUCCAAAAGCCAUUUCCAAAGCCUCUCGAAAAACAUGGCCAGGUAUAGUCAGAGCAAACGACCCCACUCCUUGGUACCAAAUUCUGUCUUAGUUACCUUAUGCUCAUCGCUGAGACAAAAUACCUGAUGCCUAAGUUGGGAAAGGAAAGGUUUAUUUCUUACAGUGUUUGGAGGCUCCCAGGAAGGUGGGCAUGCCUGGGCCACCUUUCCUGGUGGCUGCAAACAGCAAACAGGAACCAGCAAAGAGCAAGACACACCUUCUUCCUGCCAUUACAUCACAUCCUGGCUCCACCCCUAUGUGGGUGUAGCACUGACACCAUCAAUCCAAGCACUAGACAAUGAACGAAUAACAAAUGCACAAUUCAAACUUAUGAGGCCUGGGGGACACAGACAUAAACCAUGACAGUAAGCUACACUGACUUUGGAGCAUUGGUAAGGAUUUCUCUCUGUUUGAACAGCCUUUCAGAGUGGGGUACUGAGAGGAGUGCAUCUUACCUUCACAUGUCAGAGGUUUUUCCUGGUUUUCUGGAACUUUUCUCCUGCAAACCUUUAACUCUGAACAGAGGAGCAGAAUUCAUGUGACAUAUGUCCUUGUAGUCAGCUGGUGUAUUUACCAAGUAGCAAUGGUUCUCUCUAGACUGCUGGACAUUUUCUGCAAUUUGCAUGUUGUAGUAAUCUUCUCAAUGGCUAUUUUUGCCUGUUCCUUUUGAAGAAUCAUCCUGACACCUCAAUGUUUCCUGACCAGUUCUCUUGGCAUGGCCUUGGUUUUCCUGCUCACACACCUAGACCAGUAAAAAAUAAUCUUGUAACCAGAUUGAAACAGAAAAGCUAACUUAUAUGGAGCCCUUACCAUUGUGAGGUCAGUGUAUAAAUUAAAGCAAUUAAUCAUUGUCAUAGCUUGAUAUGUAAUACUAUAAUUAUUUGAACUCAUACAUUUAAGGACAUUGGCCAUAGACAGUCUACUUUCUUUUCCUGUGUAAAUAUAUAUAUAUUUCCAAAUUCUGUCCAAAAGCCAUUUCCAAAGCCUCUCGAAAGGACUAGUCCUUGGAUUGUAUUAGAAACAUUUAAGACCUAGAAAAUUUUUCUGUCAUCUUUAACCAUAUUGUUAUUUAACCAUAAUGGAAUAAAAAUUUGAAGUUUUUCCUAGCCUUUUUUUUUCUUACUGCUUAGUUUCGUAAAAUGCAAAUUAUGCUAAAACUUUGACUUAGUUUCUUCCAAUGACCAACACCCUCUAUCCCUACUUACUCAACUCUGUCAAAGUGUUUUGCAUUUUCUUCUCAUUACUGAAGUGCUGGUUAUAUGCAAAUGUCUGUUUAUUGUACUUUCUGCUCUGAGCUCUUACCUCUGGAAAUAACAGCAUGUUUAUUAGGAAACUUGCCAUUGUGUCUGUACUUGAUGUUUUGACAGUUUUGUAUCUUCUCCCCAAAUCUGCAAUUUGUGUCCUUAGUCAUUAACACAGUAACCUAUCAGAAAUGUGAGAAACUUCCCAAUUUCUCCAUAUUUGUAGUACUUAUCAUUUCAUUUUUUGACUCCAGAUGUUUUACUUUUUUCCAUUUCUUUCUUAUUUUGAUUUACAUUUUCCUAAUAACUAAUGGUCAGUCAGAUUUUCAAGUGCUUGCUGUUCUGUGCCCAUUAAUGAUUUUUCUUUGGAAAAAACUCUUUUCUGGUGGUUAUUGAGUUUUACCCAUUCUUUAAAUGCUUUGAAUACUAGACCCUUAUGAGAUUUCCAAUUUAUAUAUAUUUUCUGUCUUCUACAGGUUGAGUUUGUAGUUUCUUGAUAGUAACCUUUGAGCCUUCAAAUGUUUAAAUGUGAUGAAGUCCAAUGUAUGUAUUUUUUCUUUGUUCCUUAGGGCUUUACUGUCUUACUUAAGGAUGCAUGAUGAAUCCAGAGUCAGAGCAUUGAUUUGUAAGUUUUAAGACUUAUAGAUUUACCUCUUACAUUUGGAUAUUUGAUUCUUUUGAAUCUUUGUUGUGAGAUGUGAGCUUUUGUGGAACUUGAUUAAUUUGCAUGUGAAUGUCCAAACUUUUCAGCAGUAAUUGUUGAGAAAUUUUCCUUUCCAGUUUAUAUUAGAUGCUUAUUUUAAAUCAUACAACCAUGGAUGGAGGGGCUUAUCUGUGCAGUGACAAUUCUAUUAUAUUACUACAUGUUUCAUUUUGCCAGUACUACAGUGUUUUUGUUAUUGUAUUUUGUAGUAUGUUUUGAAAUUAAAAAGAAUAAAUUGC